AUGGUCCUAGCCCGAUUGCGGGAGCACAAACUAUAUGCGAAGCUGUCCAAGUGCUCAUUUGCUCAAAAGCAGAUUGACUUUCUCGAACAUAUCAUCAAGGAAGGUCGGAUCAAGAUGGACCAACAGAAGAUUCAGGCAAUCACAGAUUGGCCACCGCCUAAGGAUAUCCACGCCUUAAGGGCAUUCCUUAGCCUAUGCAACUUCUAUCGGCGAUUUGUGAAAAACCACUCCCUCAUCGCAAUGCCAUUGACAGAACUCCUCAAGAAGGUCAUGCCUUGGGAUUGGGGACCCAGGCGAGUGGAGGCCUUCAACGCAUUGAAAGCGGCUAUGUCUAGUAGCCCCAUCUUGGCCCUCCCUGAUUUGGCCAAGCCAUUCGAGGUACAAACGGAUGCAUCCGACUAUGCCCUCAGCGAAGUCUUGCUACAAGAAGGGCAUCAUGUAGCGUACGAUAACCAGAAGCUGAAGGAUGCAGAGCGACACUAUACUGCCUAUGAGGAAGAAUUAUUGGCUGUCGUCCAUUGCUUGCGUCUUUGGAGCAUCAGUAUGCCUACUCGCCACCUAAAGGGGAGCGAAGUAGCCACCACCAUCAAGGACCAGACACAAGAUCUACUCAUCAAAGAUCCUGCUACACAGUAUUUGGUUGAUUUGGUAGGACAGGGCAAGACUUGCUAG